AUGGCUUCUGUUAUCAGCGUUACAGCCAACGAAGUGAUAAGUGUUAAUAAUGAACAUGGUGAUAAUAAAAUCAAUCCAAUGGCUCUCAAAAUGAAAGAGAACUAUCAAACAAAUGUAUCAACCGUAGAAAAACCAACUUUGGCUAUUGAACCAAUCACAACUAAUUAUACACUAGAAAAUAAUCAAGAACAAUUACAUACAGAUCGCGAAGAUAUAUAUAGCAUAAAGGGUAGAUUUGCUUGGAAAUCAAUUGAAAAAUACCAGGUACCAUACAUCACACGCGUAAUUAAUUGUGUUGAGUUAAACUUUGUAUCGGUACGGAUGGCUGAAACUCAACUACUUAGCAACUCUUUAUUUUAUUUACAUUCCGAUAUUUAUACAUGCAAAUCAAUAAGAAGUCAUUUUAUCACCGAUAAUGAAGCAAAAUUAUUAAAUGAAAUCAACUAUCAUACUAAUUUUGCCUUCGGGAAGAAAAUGUUCCUAGCAAAAAAAGAAUGCAUAGUUCUCUUAGAAGAUGUUCAUGAGUUGUAUACAUUCAUUGAAGUGUGUCUUAAAACAUUACUACUCAAUAUUCAUACAGGUCGCAAAGAAAACUGUGGUUUUGUACGUAUUAACUCUGAGUCUGUUGUACCAUAUUGUAUUAAAAAUAGCCAAAAAUACGUUCCACUAUUCUGCUUUGAAGGCGAAACAGAACAACUACAACAUCUAGCUAUACAGUUAGAAAAUUGGAACUUGGCCUAUCUCAAAUUCUGUUGUAAAGUCCAGGGUAUAAGUAAUGAGUAUUUUUUUGAUGAAUCUUGGACAGUGAUCAGUCUUGAUGAUGUCAAGAAUUGUUAUUCAACAGAAACACAUUUUGAGGAAUAUUGGCCACCUCAGGGGGUUAUAAUACAGCUGUUAAUGAAUCAGAAAUCUAUACCUGUCAAUACAUCAGGUGCCUGGGCUAGGCCACCCUCUGAAGUGGUAGUUGCUAAGAAUACAAUUCCACACACUUUGACGGCAUCAGCAAAAGAAAUUCCACAGAGUAUGCCAGUAACGAUGGCCACCUAUCAAAAUGAAUGGCCAGCAAACCAGAUGGUUCAUUCAAUUAGUUCUCAGGCUCAGUCGCCAUCUACAACAGCAAGAACUCUUGAAAACUCUAUUGCGAUCAGAACUCAAAGUCUAGAUGCUCAGUGCUAUAAUGCGGGUUCAACAGUAUCACAGAACAGCAGUUUGAUAAACGGGGUGGGUCAUGAUGGACCACCAUCAACACUAAUCCGUGCCUGCGAUACGGCACCAACAGUUAGUCAUUCUGUCUCACACUCAAAUGCUACACCUUCCAGUCAAUGGAUAACAACUAUGACCAAUAGCGAUAUGAUAUCAGACUCAAAUCAAAAGCGAAAUUCAUACAAUCAAUGUGCUAUUAACAAUAGUCAAGCCCAGCCACAACUGAUACAACAGCAGCAUCGACAACAAAUAAUUACUACUCUACAAACUCAGUCGUCAUAUAGUAGCCAAUCUGUACAUGGUCGUCUAACCGACGGUCAACCGCCUAAUGCAUUGAGGAAUGCAAGGUCUAUCGUAACAACUGUAGCCACUGAAGUUGACAUACCUUUACCACCAUCCAGCUCUGUUCAUCCGAAGAAGAGACAUAGAGAACAAGAGACUACUUCUAUUAGCCCUAGUGUUGGAUGGGAAUUGACAAAUAUACCUGAACGGAUAUGGGGAAAUGACACGAAUAUCAGUGCUUACCAGAUCCAAAAAACAACACUUCAAGGAAAACCGAUCAACUGCAUAAAUGCCAAUCCAUACAUUUACUCAGAUUUAUUAAUUACAUUAGAGCACUUAGUCCAAAUUGUGUUACCUUCGUGGACUGUCGAGAGAUGCGCUUACGUCUUUCAAAAAUACUUAAAAAUUACACUUUUCCGUGGAAAUUCUGAACAAUUGGGCGUAUUGUGGAAGAAGGGACUCCUCAGUUUGAUUAACCCAGAAGACACUCCGAUGGCCAUGCUGCAAGAUAUCAAAUAUUGGCUUAACACUGGUGCUACAAUGUUGCAGAUGUCGCACCAGCAUCAAUCACCAAACUCGCUGAUGCAAAAUGCCUCCCAGAGCUGUAGUAACAGACCCCCGCCCCCGCCCUACAUGUAAGAACUACUAUCAUAAAUAAGUAUCUUAAGUAUUCUGAAUGUUGUCUCCACACACCUCAUCAAUUUGCAUUGUUUCUUGCUCUCAUUAUUUACGUUUCAUUUUAUCAUUGUUUGGAAUAUAUUUACUGGUAUUUUAUUAUUAGGUAUUUAUUAUUAUUUACUGAUUUCCUGUCCAAUUGACAUUAUGUCUUAGCUCAAUC